AUGGAAGCCAAUCAUCAAGCCAUGACUACACCACCGCCCGGAGUUUCGGAGCCUCUGCUGAUGCAAACCACGAUGAACCAGAUCCUGUCGGCCGCACUUCAGAACCGGCGUGUCGAGGAUGAGAUGGGGAGCGAGAUAAGGGAGGAAAUGACGCAUACGUCAAUGGCUGAGGCAACCGGUGUGUCUGCUGGCUGCUCCUUGCAUAUAUUUGUCACUUAUCAUUCAGGUGCAGUGUCAUCUCUGUCUGGUCCAGGGCCACUUUUCUAUGGAAUGCCCCUCGACGGUGUUCAGCCACUGGAGCCAGAUCCUCAGGAAUUCGUGUAUUAUCCACCUGAUCUUGUCUCUUCUGUAUACAAUGCAACUCUGCCCACUGUCCUUGAACCUACCACAGCGGUGGAACCACCUCCUGACUACUGGUAUCCGCGCGCAACCACAUUCGACCUAGUGGAAGACACCCACUAUAUGCGUGGUGUUAUCUUUAUUUCUGACUUCCGGACUGUCGACAAGGCCUUGAUUCGCCAGCGGGCCAUGUGCACCAUUGACCCUCCGAACAUCAAGGCAAAUUUUGACGACGAUGGGUUGUACAUUGACGUCCCUAUCCCCGGAAUGAUUCACAUGACACUUGGUGUGCCAUAUGUGCAGUCGAUUGACGGGAAUGUCAACCACACCAUGACUGUUGCUGUCGCGCACACCGUCGACUCGCUAGCCUGCUUUGGUCAGGCUGUCCAUGCCCGUGUCACGGUUUUGGUCGACCAGCUCUAUCUGUUCGCCUUCGGCAGCAAUCCAAACCAUCCCGCUCAGCCACGCACUUGCUCGCUUUUCUCGUUGGUCCUGAAGCACAACGACCGCUCUGUCAGCUCCUUCAGCAUUGCGUCGACCGUCGAGAAGGGCCAAGGUCAAGGCUCGGCUCAGCCUGCGGUGCAAGUCAACACACCUGAGGCCACCGCCAUGAUCUCGGAGGUCCUCAGCAUCAUCCACGAACUUCAGCAGAUCAUUCUUCCUCGCUCCUUAUCACACUUCGAGUGGGAAAUGAUUCGAUUUGCCACCAAUGACAACAACAUUUUUGUGUUCGGGGGCUUGGGUGCUGGCGCAACUGGUCUCCAGCUCAAUGUUUCCCAAGGUACCGGUAAUCUCACUGCGUACAUUGGCCAACUCCAAGGCAAAUGGCACACCGAUAUCUCUGAUGCCGCUGCAACCUGGACACUGGGCAUCCUUCUUCUCAAAAUACCUCCCGGUUCGGAUCCGGGACCUUUCAUGCUUGGGCGGACCGGCUUGUAUGUUCGUGAAACCGGUGUCCUUGUUCUUUUCCUGAUCUUUCGGGGGAAUGAUCUGCACUCGGGCUUUGCACCCUCAUAUCCCACUGGUGCCCGGGAGGCUUGGAUCAGCAAAGAGGAAGUCACCGCCUUGUUCAACAUCGCAGCCCCAGAAAAUCGCUGUUUCUUUGUGUCUUAUGCCACGGAGGUCACCUGUUCACGCACAGCAGGGUUGUCUGUCACACCUCCCGUCACCUUCAUGAACCUUGGAGCUCCCGUUCCCCACAAGCUCCAUGCCCGUAACUACGCUCAACAUGGGGAGCACAUCCUUGGGGGCCUCCAUGCUCAUCGUACUCGCCUCAGUCGCGAGAUCGUGUGGGGUGCACUCAAUGCGCUGCAGUAUGCUGGGCUUACGCUGGAUAUGACUGCUGCAGAUCUCUUCUCUCGGAUCAAGUACAGGGAUUCACUUGGCGAGCAUCACACCGUUGAUCCACCUCCUUUCGACCUCAGCAACUCUCAUCAGGCAGAGGAAGUGAUGCGCAUGCGGCGACUGUACACCUGGUUUCGCUUGUUGUGCAACCGCUAUCAGGUUCGUGUGACCAAGGACAUGUACCAGACCGUUCAGGCCUGCAUCGCUUUGAAACACCAGCUGGGGUCUGGUUCACAUUUGGACAUGGAGAGGUAUCCAAUCCAUGCCAGCGCACCCUCUCCAUCUUCUGUUCCAUGUCCAUAUGCUCGUGUCAUCUCUGUGAUUUCUAGGCAAGUUGUUGAUGGCCAGGUGAAUUGGACUCUUGAUGUACAAACAAAAGGCGGUACGCAGACCCAUGUCACCGUUGUAGAGUCAACCAGUCCUUGGCUAUUUGAUAUGCCGCACUCCUCAUCUGUACUUGCGUUUGUCAGCAAGAACAUCCCCGCUUCUCAAUCUCUGCAACACAUACGUGAACACCUUGCCGCUGAUCAGCAUGCAAACCCCAUGUUAACCACCUCUCCGAUGUUGAUGAGUAUCCCGAGCCGCAACACGGACAACACAACCACUACGCUUAACUCUGAUCAAGAAACUAACACCGUUGUAUCAGCCAGUUUGGUUUCCGCAUUGUCAGCUCUUCCUGUUUCCGAUUGCGAGUACGAGAUUGAGGCAAUCGUUGAUCACAGGGUUAUAGACGGUGUUCAGAAGUGGCUAGUUCGGUGGAAAGGCUACCCUGUUGAUAGGGAUGACGAUGAAUCCUGGCUACCUUACGAAAACUUCACGCAAGUCACUGUGAUUUGCCUAUAUCUUGCUCUAACACAUUUGCAGCCAUAG